UUAGCCAUCGAGGAAAAGCCAAACUCCGAAGAAGAGGGUGGAGGGGCCAAAGAACAGGAGUGAACAUGGCUCGGUGAGUAGAAAGGCGUCGAUGAAGAGCCCUUCACGAGGUUCAGCUACGCAAGCUACUCCAUUAGUUGAAGACACGGUGCUUCAAUCACUAUCUCAGGAGUUAGCUUAUUUGCACAACCGUGUUUGCGUGUUACCUAAUGACAGCCCCAUCCAAAUUCAACUUCCUAAGGAAAUGUUCCACUACAAUGAUCAUGCAAUGGCAUGGCUAUUCAAAGAAGAUGUCAAGGAAUUUCUAAGUGGUGCAAUGCUUAACAUUUCCCUCAUUCAAAUAUCCAUGAGAGCACUCCAGGAGAAAAUAUGGGAGCUUGAAUCUCCUUGUCAAGUUGGGUGGUUGUGCCCUGAGCAGAUGUCCACUGCUAGAAUCUUAGGCAACUCCGCUGACGUGUUGUACUAUGCUGAACGGGGUAUCAGGAAAUCAGUGAGUGCGGGAGGCAAGUUUAUAUUCAUCCCAUACUAUGAGGAUUAUCAUUGGACCCUACUUGUGAUUUGUGUUUCCAGUAACACAAUCUUCUACAUUGAUUCUGCUCGGUUACCUCAAGUAAGAAAGCGCCUUGUGAGGUUCAUACUGCAAAAUACCAUGAAGAAGAUAAAUCCUCGAUCUCCUCGAGGUCCUACAUGGAAAUUAUGA